AUGGUGCUCCAUCUCGCCAGACCCAAACGUAGGUCCCUGACCAACCCUUCUCUCUGCCACCUUUUAUCCACUUUCUCAAAUCACCCAAACAGCGAAAACACCACUACUACCGACAGCAACAGCCCGGGCAAUAGCCCCAGCAGCGAUAAUCCCUCUUUAAUCUCUUCUUACUUCAGCGAUAUCAAAGCUGGCCUCAAACAUCAAUCAAAUGAAAGACCCACUUCCCCUUUUUCACGAAACCGCACAAAUCCUUCCAGUCCCACUUCCAAAACCAUCCCCAUGAGCGCUUUCGUAGCGGAAAUCCGCAAGAAUCUUUCCGAUUACCGCGAACGAUCCGCCGUGCCACCUCCCACUGAAUCCUCUGCUAUACCUUCACAGUCACGGCCUCAUAUUUCAUUCCAAGAAAUAUACAAAAGAAAUGCCUCAGCAAAACAAGGGGAUUCCAAUGUAAACCCUGCCAGUUCCGGUCCUGGCCGGAAAUUGGGAUUUGAAACCAUAAGGGAAAGUCUAGGGAAAAUUAAAAAGAAACCCGGGGCGACUAAUGUGGAGGAAAAAACCGGGCCGUUUUGGUCUUUGUCUCAUUAUAAGGAGAGUUUUAAGUUGAAGCCUUCAGAAGGCAAUGUGGUUUACCCGGUGAUUGGCGGGACAGAGCUGCCAAAGUCGGUUUUUGGGAGGGAGAUGACGGAGAGGACCAAGGAAGGGGAGGCUGCGAUGAAGACCGAGUUUGUUAAGAUGUAUAGUUAUGGGGAGUUGGGGAUGAGGUUGAAGCAGUUGCGGCCGGAGAGGAAGGGAGGGGAAGGAUGGUUUUCCCUGCAGGAGUUGAAUGAAAGGUUGAUGAAGUUGAGGGAGAUGGAUAGUAAGGAGAGUGAGUCACGGAUUGGUGAGGCUUUUAAGGAUUUGAGGAAAAGCUUGUAUGACAUUAAGAUGGCUGAUGAUGAGAAACAGAAAAGGACCUUCAUCCAGAGAAUUGAUAUUUUGGACCACUUGGGUAGAACUCCAAAUUUUAUGUUGCGCCCUCCAAAGGAUCAUUUAGUUGAAAAGUAUUUCCAUCCAGAUAACAUGUCUUCUGCUGAAAAACUGAAAAUUGAACUUGCAAAAGUUAGAGAUGAAUUUAAGAUGUCAGAGUCAGAUUGUGGAUCUGCACGUGUUCAAGGUGAACUAUACUAA